AGCGGGCCGCCGAUCAGGGCCCUUGUCACAGAUAAAACAAUCUCAGAUACCUACACAACUUGUGACCACUGAUUGCCUAAUGCAAUACACUGCGUUUCCAGCUUGUAUGAUUGAGAUGUCAAAGUUUUUAUGGCAUGGCUAAUUAACUAAGCCCUGGUCACCUGACCUUCAAUUCAAUGACCUGGGGCCAAUGUUUUUACUCAAUACAAUAUUUAUGCAUGAUAAGCUAUGCUAAGUGUCAAGGUGGUGCACUGCGCUGUUUUAUGUACUUACAUGAAAAAACUGGAGUGUGGUGAUAUAGGUACUCUGUGCAGUGUGCUGUGCGAUCUAUUCUCAGCUGGCCAUUCGGGUUUGCCCCAUCUGCCUAAUCAUGUUUGGAAAUACAUCCCAGCAUGUUCCCUGUCCACUGUCUGAGACUGUCAAUUGUAAUGUGUCCAGCAAGGUACACAUUCUAACUGGUGCCAUUGUCUAUUCUUGCAAUGUCUGCACCCAAUGUCCUGGCCAUCCUGACCAGUGACCUAUAUCCUGUCCAUUUUGACCAGUUCUGACUAGUGACCACUGACCAGUGUCCUGUCAUUUCUGAUCAGUGACCUGUCCAAUGUCCAUUCUGACCAGUGUUCUGUGUCAUGUCAUUUCUGACCAGUGACCUGCCUGUUCUGACCUGUGUCCUGUCCAUUCUGACCAGUCAGCUUUAUCCUGUCAGUUCUGACCAGCAACCUGUCCAGUGCCCAUUCCCACCUGUGUCUGGUCUAUUCUGACCUAUGUGCAAUGUGCAUUCUAGUCUAGUCUGUCCAGUGCCCAUUCUCACCUGUGUCUGCUCUAUUCUGACCUAUGUGCAUUCUAGUCUGGUCCAUUCUGACCAGUGACCUGUGCCCUACGUCCUAUUUUGGCCUGGUUUCCUUCCAUUCUGAUCUUUGUCAUCCUGUUGUCCACCCUGACACCCACCGCUCUCCCAGCAGGGGUCAGACCAUGUUCCCUCAGUCGGUGGUGUGGUGGGGCACACAGGACGCCGUCAGACUCCACCUCGAGCCACUGCACGUGCCCUUCUCACUGGACGUCCUCAGUGACGGUCCAACGACGCAGCCAGCGGACGGCACCGCGGCACGCCCACCCUCGGUCCGCUGCGUGCUGAAGACGGAGAAGCCGUGCCGACUCCGACUGCUGUGGCGGGUGCCGUUCUCGGCCCUCAGUCACCUCCUGAACAGGAUCACCGCCGGGGACGCCCUGCUGUACGGCUGCCAGACGACCAGCUAUGAGGCCGGGGAGCACACUGUAGAGGCCACUGGCGGUGGACCUGAGACACCGCAGCCCCCACAGAGUGAACCAAGAGAGGGCGAAUCGGUGACGGCACAGAGCGACCCUCAGAAGGACGGGUCUGCACCACGGAGCAGCGGUAGCAGGGCGGCGUCCGAUCCACAAAGAAGUCACUACCCUCUGGUGGCGAUGAUAGAAACUACAGCUACACCAGAGAGCCCCAGUUCUGUGGUGGCUCUGGUGGCCGUAAUUCACAUAAGGGACCGUGUUGUGUCGAUGGGGACAUCUGUACUCCACCGGUAUGUCCGGCAGGCAGACGGACGCGUUACUCUUCUUCAGCCGCUGUACUCGUCUGGCGUCGAGAACCCCCCGGAGGACCGCGGCCCCGCCUCUCCGUCCGGCCGACCGCAGAGCCCGCCCGGCGCGCUGGGUGUCUGCUGCGUGUGUCGCUCCGAGCCGGCUGAGGUGGUGCUCCUGCCCUGUCGACACGGCUGUGUGUGCAAGGAUUGUUUCCGACGCACGGAGACCUGUCCGUUGUGCCGGGGACGGGUGGCGCAGUACUUCACCGUGCCCACGGUGGGCCAGGAAGGGGAGAGGGGGCGUCUGGUAGAGGAGAGAGGAGGCCCGGUGGAGGAGCGAGGACGCUCAGCGGACCCAGUGGACGCGCAGUGAGUGCCCGGGCUCGGAUUCCGAAUAUGUUUGGAGAUAUUGAGUAGCUGAGCCGAGCUAAGAAGCUUUACGAUGAUGCUAUGAGUGUUGAAGACCCAUAGGACGGCAACGAGUUCAACGUCCGUCCUGCCUCACCCCUCGGAGGGUGAUCAUGGCUGGUUCUAGCCACUACAAAGCCCUAAUUCUUGCUCUAGUUGUGAGAGUGAUAGAGUGAUAGCCGAGCCUGGGGCCAUCGAUACCCCACCGUUUGACGGGUGUAUUUCCUGUGAUGAUAAUAUUGUGUUGUGAUGCUGAUAGUUCGUCUGGUGAUUGCAUUCCUUGUCGCUGGCUUCACAUUUAGUGAUCGCCUUUUGUCAUGUCCCGUGGUCAUUUUGUGGCUUUAUGAUGAGUACCUGACGGAUCCUAAUUGGUCUUUGGCUUCGAGCUUGUGAUGAUGUGAAUCGAUCGUUAAAGCGGCUGAUAUUCAAGUCUUGCUUUGUGUCAUCUGAUAUCGUAUAUGGAUAUCUUUCCACGGAUAGUGACCGAUAGGCGAUAAGUGAUAAUAUCUGUCGACGAUCGGCUAACAGACAUGUUGAUGCGUAAAUUGUUAGACAUGGGUGGGUAAAUGGAUAGCAUGCGUAAACUAAAAGCAUUUAUGAAUUGUUAUGUGAUUCGUCGCAAUAUAAUGGUGUAAUUCCGUGACC